GAGAGAUUAAGCAGCAGAGAGCAAGAAGAACUGGUGUACAGAUGGAAAACUGAUAUCACACUCUGAGAAACACACACACGGAUACUGCAGCCAACCAGAACAUAAAAAGAUGGCGUUACCUGCAGCCUUUCUGUCUGAGGACCAGUUCUCCUGCUCCAUCUGCCUCGACAUCUUCAACAACCCAGUGUCCACACCAUGUGGUCACAGCUACUGCCAGGCCUGCAUCUCCUCUUAUUGGGACACCAGUAAAACCACCUCCAGAGCGUCCAAAAUGUACCAGUGUCCUCUGUGUAAAGAAAGCUUCAACCGCCGCCCAGAGCUGCACAUAAACCGCACGCUGAAGGAGAUCACAGAGCAUUUCAAACAAGCAGCUGCCACAGGAACACCUGUGUCCGGGGAGGCCAGGAGCUGGGACAACCGCAGCCCUAUUUCAACAAGACGCAAGUCCACACCCAACAGGAGAGGAGAGAUGCCAGAGGGAGUCAUCACUGAGAUGGUGACCCGCUUUCAGAAAACAAUCACAGAACAUGAUGAUCCCCCUCCGGCAUACACUCCUCAACGCAGAUACACGGUGAGCAGUGCCCAUGACCAGGACCCGAGCCUCCCCUUGUGCCCGCUGCACCUGCGUGGCCUUGCUUACUUCUGCCCUGAGGACAAUGUGUGUGUGUGCAGUGCGUGUGCGGAGUCAUCUGACCACAGGGGGCACACCAUCACAAACGCUAAGAGGGAGUGGCAGAUCAGGAAGUCUCGGUUGGGGAUUGUGGACGUGGAGCUCAAAGACCUGAUCAGUGAACGAGAGACAAAAGUUCUGGAGAUUCAAACUACUCUACUUGAAAUAAAGGCUGCAGCUGAGAAGGACACAGGGGAGGCAGUGAACAUGUUUUUAAAACUCAUCGCAAACGUGGAGCGCUGUCAGGCUGAAAUCCUAGAGGUUAUAGAGAUAAGUCGCAGAGCAGCAGAGCACAAGGCUCAGAAGCUGUUGAAAGAACUGGAAGAAGAACUAUCAGAACUGAAGAAGAGGAGAGCCACUCUGACCCAACUCGCCCAGACUGACAACUACAUACAACUCCUCACUACAUUCUCCUCUCUCUCUGCUCUUCCUCAAACCAAGGACUGGUCCAGUGCAGCUGUGGGCUCAGAGCUGCCCUCUGGUGUCAUCCUGAGGAACAUCACUCAGACCAUGGAGAGGUUCAAAGAGGAGAUGUGCAGACUCACAGAAGUCUGGAAAGGACAGAAACCAGAAUUUGAGCAGUCUGUGAUCAAGUACAAUCCAAAGGUCAAAAAAGUCCAGGAAUACGCAGAGGACAUCACGCUGGACCCAAACACAUCUCACCCUCGCCUGGUCAUCUCUUUGGAUGGGAAGCAGGUGUUCUGUGGAGACAAGCACCAAAUAGUCCCUGACAGCCCUGAGCGAUUUGACCGUGUGGUCUGUGCUCUGGCAAGGGAGGGUUUUGACUGCGGCCGCCACUACUGGGAGGUGGAAGUUGGCAGUAAGACCGACUGGGACCUUGGCAUAGCAAGUCGCUCUGUGUGCAGAAAGGGUAAAAUCACAGUCAGCCCGGCUCACGGAUACUGGUUUCUGAGUUUACGCGAUAAAACAGACUACGCCUUCAGAACUGAGCCAUCCACCCCACUCACCCUCACUCAGCGGCCCUCUCGCAUCGGUGUCUUCCUGGAUUAUGACAAAGGAAUGGUGUCUUUCUACAAUGUGGACGCCAGAGCGCUCAUAUACUCGUUCAGCGACAGGUUUACCGACGUCAUCCUGCCUUUCUUCAGCCCCUGCACCAACAAAUCAGGCAAAAACGAGGCUCCACUGAUCAUCUGUCCUCUCUCUACUAUUGAAUAAAACUAAAGCUUGUUAACUUUUUAUACCCUUUUCUAUGCAUUAAAAACAAUAUACAUGGUUUAUGAUUUAUUUUGGAGGCCUGAGAACAAAGGCAGAGACAGAUCUGCCUUGUAAAGCACCCUCCACUCAAAAUGCAAAUAAAAUUCUUCUUUUUGAACAUGCUAAUGUUAAAGCAUAUGUUAAAAUGUAUGUAUGUAUGUACAGUGUUGGGAAGUAUUUUUGAGUAACUGGUGGUAUUCAGAAUACAGUUACUUUUCUAAAAUCAAAGGAAUAUAUGGCUCAUUUUUUUGUGAUGAGGCUGAAAGCUUAAUUGCAAUCAAAAUCUCAAUUUAUAUGGCUGCAAUCAGCAAAUCACAAAGACUGCAUUUUUUUAAGUACCAUAAUUUCUUCCACAAACAGCAAAAUAUGUCUUAUUC